AUGAUUCCAGGAAACAACACAGGUAGAAGAACACCAGAGGAGAAUGUGUCAGACUUCAGGACGAGAUCCAAAGAGAGGGGCAACCAGCGGCCCAUAUGGGAAGAAGAGUGGUGUCUAGAAGCGCAAAGGCAGAAAGCGGAGGCUGAGCGGUUGAAGGAGCCAAUGGAGGCCCUGAAGAACACUCUGCACAAAUACAGAGAAGAGAUAACAAUAAAAAAUGACACUAUAAGCAGGCAAUGUCACCAUUUGGAGACGAUACGUCAAGAAAUGAGCCAGGUGAAAGCUCAGCAUAGCCAUCUGAAGGAGGAGCUUAAGAACUGCCAAAAGGAGAAGGCGAAAAUAAUCUCACAGCUUGAAAAAUCUAAGAAACAGUCUGAUGAGGUCCUUGCAAAAAUGAGGAGGGAAGCUAGCCUGAAUGCCGAAACCGUCCAAAAGCAAGUCGAGGAAGCCGAAGAGAGGUCUUUAAAAAUGUCUGAAAAAAUACAGCAGAUGCAGAAGAAGCACGAGGAAGAGCUGCGACAGUUGACCGGCGAACACUACGGGGAAUUAUGCACUGCCCAAAAAUUAAAUCAUGAACUGCAGAGUAAACUUGAGUCGGUGACCCGGGAAUUGCUGCAGCUGAAAAGCAAUCUAUCGGAAGCAUCUGCAGAGAGAGAUGAAUUUAAAGAACGUCUAAGCCAAAUGAAACAAGCGUACGAGACUCAAUCGGCGACUCUGCACAGCCUCCGAAAUUACAUCGGCAAGGUUGUUGCCGACAAAGAAGAAAAGGAACGAUCGAACGAAGCAGUUGAGAGGCUCAACAAAGAGAAAGCUGCAUUGCAGAAAACCACAGAGUUGUUGACUGUCAGGCUUAACUCCAUGAGUGAAAUCGUCUCACUACAAGAGGAGAAGAUGCUGAAAAAGGCCUCGACAGACCCGCUGGUGGCAAAAAACUCUGAUGGUCUUCUUGUGCUACACCUCUGGAGGGAGAAGGUGUUCAAGCUAUGCGUCCAGCUUCGUUUGAAGGACGUGGGGCUGCGAGAAGAGAGGGGAAAACAUCUUUCUGAGGUCAGACUCAUGGAGCAACAGCUGCAAGAGGAGCACCAUCACGCAACUGUGCUCCAGCGUAGUCUCGAUGCCAGCGUUGCUGAACUAAACCAGGAGAAACUCCAAAAGGAGACUCUGAAACAGGACUUGACUCAUGUUUGCAAAGAGAACCAAGAAUUGAAGUCCAAGCAUUUCAACGUGGAGGCUGAGAUCAAAACCGCAACAGAGGCCAUGCACGGGUUUAAUGUGGCAUUUCAUCGUAAAAUGGCCGACGUGAAUGCAGCACAAGCAAAACUCAAUACUUUUAGCCAGCGGUUGAAUUUCGCCAGAGGCCGAGUGGAGACGGUGCAAGCUUUGUUCAUGAGAAGAAUUGCACUCCACAAAGUCCAGAAGACCAGUAAGCAAGCGGAACGAGCGGUGGACAGCAUCCAGAAUUUACAGAUAGAACUGAGUUUGGUGAGUGAAGAGAAACUCAAGCUCACACAGGAGCUGAAAAAAACCCCGGAGCUGAUUGAGGAAGCGUUGGCUGAUAUGAAAGAAGAAUAUGAGAGCAAGCUGAGGCAGCAGCAGGAGGAACUGGAGCAGUGCCGGAACGAGACGCAGAAGGCCGUGUCUGGCAGAGAGGAGGUCCAGCAGAACUUGCGGGAUGUCCUGGCUCAGCUGGAAGUCGGCAACGGCAGGCGGGACGAGCUUCAAUCGAAACUGCUAAGUCAAAAGGAGCACAGCGAGCAAGUUCUUCGUGAGCGGCUGUCUGAAAUGGAAAGCUGCUGUGCUGAAAAGCUUAAAGAGAUGGAGGUCCAACUCAGCACGGUUAAAAAAGAGCACACCAAAGCAGUUCUGACUUUACGACAGUUGGAAAGAGCGGUAGCUAGGAAACAGAACCACUGGAGAGAAACUGAAGCUUUACAAAGUGGGCAUACAAAAGACUCUCAACAAACAGAAGAGGCUGAGACCAAUAGACACAAACUACUGUCGCUGAGCGAAACUUCCCCCGAGCGGCACCUAAACAAACGAUAUCUGCUCCUGAAGAACAACCUAGGUGGACCGUCUGACAGCUCGACUGUCUUUAUCCCACCAGAGAGACUCCUUUGUGUUUUGGAGGAGCUCCACACGCUCAGUGCUGCAGUGGUAAACAGCUCGGAAGACUCUGCAGAAGAGGAGAAGGAGGGGCACAGUGACAUUCCCGAGGCCGUACAAGUGGAAAGGCUGUGGGGGGGCUGCCCCAGGAUCCUGACACCGCCCCAGCUAAUCGGGGUAGCGAGUGUGGCCCAACCGUCCUCCCGUAGCUCCCGCAAAGGGGCCACAGCCAGACCUGACCUGACCGGACCAUCUGCGCACCCGUUAACCGGCCCUCAGGGGAAGGGAUGA